CACAAGUAUAUCACUAAAUGAACUAUGCCUAACUUUCAUUCAAAAUCAGAUAGAUCAUCUGAUUUUUAAAAUUAAAUACCGAAUAUUUUUAAUGGAAUAUUUUUAAUAAACGGAUCGAAUAUUUUUAACCCCCUACAAUCAUCUCGAUUAACUCUAUUGAUUGAUCAUCCUUAGAACGGAUUAAGAUUAAGAUGCCCAUGUAUAAUGAAAUGGAUAGUUCACAACGAGGAGAAAGCCCAAACAUAAAGUAAGAGACAACUUCUCCAUACAAUUUAACCCAUAUACUACUCCAUACAAAAAUCGUCCUUCCCACAAUCCCACCUAUUAAUAUCUCUCUAUUUCAAUUCAUCUUGUUAAAAACCAAUUGUGUCUUGUUUUCUUUUCAUUUUGGGUCUAAAUUUUCAUGGUUGUUUUUGGGUAUUAUCCAUGGGAGCUCAAAAGAGCAUCCAUGCUGGUAAAGCCAAAAUUGAUGUAAAUGUUGAUUUAACUCACAAAUUAUGUGCUGCUUUGAUGCUAUCUCCUUUCAGGAAUUCUGGUGGCCCUCUUUCAUUAAUUAUUGGAAGCUUGUGUAUAAAGCACCCUAAUUUAUUUGGUGGGAGUGAAAAGCUUGAUGUAUUUUGGGACAAGGGAUUAUAUGACACAAGUAUCUUGGUGGCAUAUAGGAGGCCGAGGCCUGAAUGGCUUCCUCAGCAGUCUCUUGCGCUGCAGCAUUCUAUUUCACCUGAGAUUGGAGUACAUGGUUUGCCUCUCGAUAACUUUUCUCAGUCAGGCAGUGGGGGUGUGAAUCUCUGUCGUUCUUCUGUGGGGUUAGACUUGAGCGAGCCUGCUAGUACAAACUGGAACAGUACGACGAGUAUAAAAUUUGAGCAUGUUCGUCUUGUGAGUGAUGAAGGUCGUCCUAUAAAUCGAGAUCUUGAUGGUUUUCCCGUGACUUGCAGCGGAGGGAAUGAUGAUAGUAUGGUGGUGUUAAAGCAAGAAACUCGCUAUGCCAGGGCUAAUGAUAAUUGCUUUAGUCGUUUUAGCUUGCACAUAGAGCAAGGAAUCCCGGUUUUCUCUAAGUGGCUUGUAUUUAACCGAUUCAAGUUUGUAGGGACCAAGGGUAUCAAGCUCGGGCCUGCUUUUUUAUUGACAAGUGUGACCGGAGGUUCAAUUGUGGGGGAUAUGGCUCCUUACCAAGCAUUUGCUAUUGGUGGUCUUGGUAGUGUUAGAGGUUAUGGUGAAGGUGCUGUUGGCACUGGAAGAUCAUGUAUCAUUGCAAAUACUGAAUUGACAUUCCCGUUGAGCAAAAUGUUAGAAGGUGCAAUCUUCGUAGAUUAUGGAUCCGAUCUGGGUACAGGUCGUCUUGUUCCAGGAAACCCGGCUUUAAGACAAGGCAAACCAGGAAGAGGAGCUGGAAUCGGGUACGGCUUACGCUUCAAAUCACAAAUCGGUCAUUUCCAAGUCGAUUAUGCUAUGAAUAGUUAUCAACAGAGAACUGUCUACUUUAACAUCACCAAUGUACCUUCAUGACAGUCCGUUGAUUUAGUUCUUCCUGGUUUGGGAGUUCUUUUUUGGUUUAUACUUUUUUAGCCGAGAGAAGCUCGAAACUCAUAUGGGUAUUGUGAAUUUGAGAUAUCGCUUCCAAAUACAUAACAAAAAAACUCUCAUUUCAACACUAGCCUUAUAGAUUUAAAGAUACAACUUCCAUAAUUCUUUGAUCAUUCCUACUAAUCUAUCCCAAGAUCAUUCAUGAUUGUCGCUCGAAGCACAUUACUAGCUUUCGCCAUCAACAAGGCUCGUAUUUACAAAUUGGGCGUUAACACGAGUCAGCGAACUUGAGCUGAUGAAAACUGUGUCGAUGUCGUUGCUUGCUGUCUUGUUCGUUGGGUAUUUGUUGUACUUUUGUAAGAUGUAAUAGUAAUUGAUAAAUGGGGUAUAUGCCUUGUGUAAAUUGAACAAACUUUUUUGGUUCAGAAUAUUAGAUUAAUUUCUUCAUUUAGAAUGCAUCUUAAAGAAGCUUUUUGGCA